UGUAACUGUGUGACAAUGUGUUUACAUCUAUAGAAACAGCCGAUGUCUUUGCUUAAUGCUCAUCAAUACCAUCAAAAUGGCAUAUUUCUUUUCAUUUUGGUUAAUGUUUAUCUAUUUCAACCACUGUGUCGUCAGUGAAUACCAAUCAUAUUAUUUUAACGUGAUUCAAAAUAGAAAACAAAUGAAUUCAACUUUGCGAAUGUCUAUCGUCGGAUUCAAAGCGGAAUGUUUCGUGAAGUGCAUAAGGCACCAAAAUUGUGAGGCCGCUGCUUAUAGUGAAAAUGAUGGAACAUGCGAAGAGUAUACCGCAGAGGUAAAUGAAAACGAUCUCAGUGAGGAGAAUGGAUGGAUUUACACAGCACUCAGAGGGUCAGUGUAUUCAACAAACAUUAGAAAUGCUGCUAAUGAAAUGGUUGCUACAACAAACAACAGUGGAAGUGAUGGGAAUACAAAUGAAAUGGUUGCUACAACAAAUGGCAUGGGAAGUGGUGGAAAUGCAAAUGAAAUGGUUGCUACAACAAACAACAUUGGAAGCAGUGAAAAUUCAAAUGAAAUGGUUGCUACAACAAAUGACAUGGGAAGUGGUGAAAAUGCAAAUGAAAUUAUUGCUACAACAAAUGGCAUGGGAAGUGGUGCAAAUGCAAAUGAAAUGGUUGCUACAACAAAUGGCAUGGGAAGUGGUGCAAAUGCAAAUGAAAUGGUUGCUACAACAAACAACAUUGGAAGUGGUGGAAAUGCAAAUGAAAUGGUUGCUACAACAAAUGGCAUGGGAAGUGGUGCAAAUGCAAAUGAAAUGGUUGCUACAACAAACAACAUUGGAAGUGGUGCAAAUGCAAAUGAAAUGGUUGCUACAACAAAUGGCAUGGGAAGUGGUGGAAAUGAAAUGGUUGCUACAACAAAUGGCAUGGGAAGUGGUGCAAAUGCAAAUGAAAUGGUUGCUACAACAAACAGCAUUGGA